CGAACAAUUUAUGAGUGAAGUAAUUGACUAAACUUGGUUUUAUAUUCCAGAAGGCAUAAACGUGGUUUGUAUAAGUCCUACGAGCUUGUAUAAAUCACACAAGCCUAGACAUAUGAUUUAUUUCAAAAGUACACGCCGGAAGUUUCUGUCGUGCACGUAAACGUGACGGUUGUUCUUGCCGGAGGGAACCUCUGUGGUGUUUUGGUCCAGUCCAGCCGACCCCAGUCACGAAAAUGACCGCGAGGAAGUCUGGAUCACGACUGGAGACCGAGAUAGAGCGGUGUCGCUCCGAGAGUCAGUGGGACAAGAUACCGGAGCUGGUUCGGCAGCUGUCGGCGAAGCUGAUAUCAAAUGACGACUUAGGUGAACUUCUGCUGGGGGAAUGCAAACUCCAGAUGUACUUGAAGGAGAAUCCCAUCAAACAGGGCUCCAGUCCCAGAGGUCCUCAGCCAAAACUGGUGGAGAUCAGGAAGCAUCUCACUGCUGCUCUGGACAGAGGAAACCUCAAGGUAAACCUGGAUAACUUACUGACUCUUUAUCUCAGUGAAGCAUGUCUCACCAGGCUGAAUGUUCUUCCAGGUCACUACAGCAGAGUGAAUCUGGAUGAGCUGCAGCUGGUUGGAGCUCCUGUGUACCGGCUCUCCAUGAUCGCAGAGGCGUACGCCACCAAAGGCUUGUGUCUAGAGAGGGUCCCAGCUGCCUCUCCAGCUCUGUCCAAUAAGAACACGGGGUCUCCGUCGUCCAAACGGAGCACGACAGACCGAGAUCAGGAAAUCAUCACCUGCUACGAGAAGUCUGGAGACAUUGCUUUGCUGUACCUGCAGGAAGCUGAGAAGGCGUUAUCAGCGGGGAUUCAGAACCGGAGCCCAAAGCCCGGCCCAACAUCUCAGGACCUGGAACUGGGCUACUUCCUGGAGACGGGCCUGCAGAGGGCCCACGUCAUCCACUUCAAGAACGGCAACCUGACACAGGGUGUGGGCAGGUUUCGGGAGAUUCUUCGGGCCGUUGAGACCAGAACCACCCAGAACCUUCGUAUGACCAUCGCCCGGCAGCUGGCAGAGAUCCUACUCAGAGGAAUGUGUGAACAGAGCUACUGGUCUCCUCUGGAAGACCCGCCGACGGUGUCACCUCUGGAUAAUCUCACGCAGCAAGGGCGCACUUACAGCAAGAGCUACACGCUGAGCCGCCGCCCACGGGUGUACUCGGGAGAGAACUUGUUUUGCCCUCAGGAGAACACGGAGGAAGCCUUGCUGCUGCUGCUCAUCAGCGAGUCCAUGGCGAAUCGCGACGCCGUGCUGAGCCGUAUUCCAGAACACAACAACGACCGGAUCAUCAGCCUGCAGUCCGCCUCUGUGGUGUACGACCUGCUGACGAUAGCUCUGGGCAGGAGGGGGCAGUACGAGAUGCUUUCCGAGUGUUUGGAGAGAGCCAUGAAGUUCGCCUUCGAGGAGUUCCACCUGUGGUACCAGCUCGCCUUGUCGCUCAUGGCGGCCGGAAAAUCUGCUCGUGCCGUCAAGGUCCUGAAGGAGUGCGUUCGCCUGAAGCCCAACGACCCGACCAUCCCGCUGCUGGCGGUUAAACUUUGCAUCGGACCUCUGCACUGGCUGGACGAAGGGGAGAACUUUGCUAAGAUGGUGAUUGACAUGGGAGAGAAGGCCGCCGAGUUCAGAGCUAAAGGCUACCUAGCCGCCGGUCUGGUUUACAGCCUGAAAGCCACCGACGCGUCCUUACGGAGCAUGCAGGAAGAGUACCAGAGGAAAGCGUUGGGAGCCUUUCAGAGAGCUCAGAGUUUGUCUCCCACCGACCACCUUGCAGCUUUCUAUUUGGCUCUGCAGCUUGCCGUUUCCCGACAGAUCCCAGAGGCGUUGGGUUACGUCCGUCAGGCGCUGCAGCUCCAGGGAGACGACGUCCACUCGCUCCACCUGCUGGCUCUGCUCCUCUCUGCACAGAAACACUACCACGAUGCCCUCAACAUCAUAGAGAUGGCUCUGUCCGAGUACCCAGAGAACUUCAAUCUGUUGUACACCAAGGUGAAAUUGGAGGCGAUGUGUCGAGCCCCAGAGGACGCUUUGCUCACCUGUAAACACAUGCUGCAGAUCUGGAAGAGCUUUUACAACCUUACAAACCCAAGUGAUUCUGGGCGUGGCAGCAGCCUGCUGGACCGAGCCAUCGCAGACAGACGACAGCUCACCGCCAUGACUCUGCCCGACUUCAGUGAUCCUGACACUGUCUCAGGCUCCUCCUCCUCCUCCUCCCUGUCUGGUUUUGAACCAGUCUCCCCCACCUCCCCAUCCACCACCCUCUCCUCCCCACUGUCCUCCCCCUCAUCCCCUGCCUUUGUUUUCCAGCCUCCCCCUCUUUCCCCUUCAGGCAAAAACCCUUAUUUCCUUCCUCCCCGUCCUCCCCGUCCCUGUCCCGGUCCUCCUCAUCCUCCCCCACCCACCAAGACCAGGACUCGGCCCUUUUGCAGCCACGUGGUUCUGCGUCAGCUCUCUGAUUGCGGCCUUCCGGACGCUAACACUCUUGGUUUUCCCUCCAUAUUUUCUGUUUGUUCCGUCCACGCUACGUCCAUCGCAGCCAGCCGGGUGGAGCAGGCUCUGUCGGAGGUGGCCUCCUCCCUGCAGAGCAGCGCCCCCAAGCACGGACCCCUCCACCCCUGGAUGACCCUGGCUCAGAUCUGGCUCCAUGCAGCUGAGGUGUACAUCGGCAUGUCGAAACCUGCAGAGGCCACGGCGUGCACUCAGGAAGCAUCCAACCUCUUCCCCACGUCCCACAACGUCCUGUACAUGAGGGGGCAGAUAGCCGAGCUGAGGGGCAACACGGACGAGGCCAAACGCUGGUACGAAGAGGCCCUGUCCAUCAACCCGACCCACGUCAAGACCAUGCAGAGGCUGGGUCUGAUUCUGCACCAGCUGCAGCGCUACAGCCUGUCUGAGAAAGUCCUGAGGGAUGCUGUGCAGGUAAACAGCACGGCCCACGAUGUGUGGAACAGUCUGGGCGAAGUGCUGCAGGCUCAAGGGAAUGCCGCCGCCGCCACCGAGUGUUUCCUCACUGCCCUGGAGCUGGAGGCCAGCAGCCCCAUCCUGCCCUUCACCAUCAUCCCCAGAGCACUAUGAGACACGCCCUCACGCACGCCUGCAUGCACUCUUGUACAGCCUGUCUCACGUUGUAUAUAAUGCAAAUAGCAUCACUUCCUUCAUUUGUGUGUGUUUGUGCUGAAACAUGUGUUUCAGUCUGUGUGCGUGCACCGAUGUGCACGUGUGCCAACACGUCUCGUUAUGGGUGUAAAUACGUUUUUCUCCUUGCAUUCGAAACCUUUAUUUUACACAUCUAAUUUAGUCUAAAGACAAAUAUUUGACUAAAGCAAAUUGGCAGAAAGUCGUUUGGGUUUUUACGAGUCAACACUUGAAGUUUAUUUGCUUUACUGGUUUUUUUGUUACCAUGCAGCCAACUGAUCAUUCAGCAAAUGCCAAAAACGAUCUGGAUGCAUUCAGUGUUUUUAUGGAGUUUUAAUCCAAAACUCAUUUUCUUUAUUCUGUGACUUCCUGUUUGUUUACAGAUCUGUGGAGUAAAAGUACCUGCAAAAGUUACCGAUAACAGAAGUUUGGUUGUUUUUAUGGCGAAUCGGAGGAAUCUGUUGCUUUGUUUUCCAAGCCAAAAUGCUCCUGUCAUUUUUAUUCGACAACGUGUACAUUUGAUUGUUCCUCGUGUGUUUUUAUUUUAGAGUAAAUUAUUAUUCUAUUUUCCAAAGUGGAGCUGCGGGAGGAAUGUGAUGAACAGGUUGAUCAGUCAGUGAGUCCUUUUUGCUGUAAAUCAAUGACUGAAAUUAGAAUAAAUAAUAAAUAAAGCCAUCGCUGGUGUGAUAUGGA